GGGUCCACCUCCAGGGCACAGGCUGUAGCUCAUUCUGACCACUGCUCCUCUCCUGGGAAUCACUUUUAAGGUUUUGGUUCGGGGAGUUUUGAUUCUUUUGUUUGUUUGUUUCAAGUUUUUUUUUGGGGGGGGCACCUUUACUUUCAAUUUUAAGCAAGAGAAAAUGGCACCAAAGAAGGAUGUAAAGAAACCAGCAGCAGCCGCAGCACCAGCACCAGCACCUGCGCCAGCACCAGCACCGGCACCAGCACCAGCUAAACCCAAAGAACCUGCAAUCGAUCUCAAGAGCAUCAAGAUCGAGUUCUCCAAGGAGCAACAGGAUGACUUCAAGGAGGCCUUCCUCCUCUUUGACAGGACUGGUGAUGCCAAGAUCACCCUGAGCCAGGUUGGCGAUAUCAUCCGGGCACUGGGGCAGAAUCCUACAAAUGCCGAGGUCAACAAGAUCCUUGGCAACCCCAGCAAAGAGGAGAUGAAUGCCAAGAAAAUUACUUUUGAAGAGUUCCUGCCCAUGUUGCAAGCAGCUGCUAACAACAAGGAUCAGGGUACCUAUGAAGACUUCGUUGAAGGUCUGCGCGUCUUUGACAAGGAAGGCAACGGCACAGUCAUGGGGGCUGAACUCCGUCACGUACUGGCUACUCUGGGUGAGAGGAUGACAGAAGAGGAAGUAGACGAACUCAUGAAAGGUCAGGAAGACUCCAACGGCUGCAUCAACUAUGAGGCAUUUGUAAAGCACAUCUUGUCCGUCUAAGUGGACUCCCCAGAUACCAAACG